AUGGGUGAGAAGUCCGAAGCUAAUUCGGUUGCGCCUAGUGCCCGUGGUUCGCUUCAUGAACAUCAUCACCAUCACAUCACUCCCUUAAAGGAAAAGAAAUUCCGUUGGAGAGUUACAGAUGAACAUUCCCCUCCAGAAAUUUAUAACUGGACGCUUUAUCUCUCUGUAUUCGUUUUCGGUAUUUUAGGUUCAGCAAGAGGUUAUGACGAAGGUAAUAUUUCUGGUACUGUUGCACAGACUUCCUUUAUUAAGGAGUUUGGUCUCAAAUCAGCAUCAUUAACUGCCACUCAACAAGCUAACCUUAAGUCCAACAUCACCUCUAUGGUUCAGUUGGGUUCCAUUGGAGGUUGUAUUCUUGCCAUGUAUACAGUUGACCGUUUUGGUCGUAUUAGAACUUUACAAGGUGUGUGUGUAUUGUGGAUAAUUGCUGCUAUUAUUCAAUGUACUUCACAUUCAGUUGGUCAAUUAUAUGCUGGUCGUUUAAUUGAAGGUUUUGCUAUUGGUCAAACUACCACUAUUGGACCAACUUAUUUAUCCGAAGUUGCUCCAAAGGCUAUUAGAGGUCUUUGUGGUUGUAUCUUUGCAGGUGCCGUUUAUUUUGGUAUCAUGCUUGCCUAUUUUGCCAAUUAUGGAACUGCAUUGCAUGUUGUUGGACGUAAUCAAUGGGUUAUUCCAACUACAAUUAAAUGUGUUUUGGCGUUUUUAAUUUUGGUAGGUUCUACAAUUGUAUGUGUUGAAUCUCCACGUUGGUACAUGAAGAUUGGUAACCCUGAAAUGGCUGCUAAAAACUUGUCAAAGAUUCGUAAUCUCCCAGUUGAUCAUCCAUAUAUUUUGAGUGAAAUUGCUGACAUUAAUGAACAGGUCAAUCUUGAAAAACACGAAACUGAAGGUACCACCAUUAUUUCAAUGAUAAAGGAAAUCGUAAUGACGAAAUCAAUUAGAUAUCCAUUUUUUGCAAUUGCUUUCAUGGCGCAAGUCCUUGGUCAAUGGUCUGGUGCCAACGCCAUUACUAUCUACUCCCCACAGCUCAUGUCAUUAGUUGGUAUUACUGGUGUCAAGAGUCUUGAAAUGACUGCUGUUUUGGGUGUAGUGAAGUUUGUCUCCGCUUAUUUGGCUGCCUUUUUCCUCAUCGACUUCUUGGGUCGUAGACGUUCGCUUUACAUUGGUAUCUCGAUUCAAUUGAUAACAAUUUUGUAUUUUGCGAUAUUUUUGACUGUUGUACCACAAGCAGCUGAAAAGGGUGCUGUAUUGACUCAUUCCCAAGAUAUGGCUGGUAAGGCUGCACUUGCCGCACUUUUCCUUUCUGGUACAGGUUGGACCAUGGGUUUCAACUCCAUUCAAUAUCUUUUGGGAUCAGAACUUUUCCCACUUAGAAUUCGUUCAUUUGCACAAUCUCUUGUGAUGGUGAUUCAUUUUGCUAAUCAAUAUGGUAAUUCCAAGGCGCUUCCAAAGAUGUUGCUUGCCAUGAAUAAUUUCGGUGCCUUUUACUUCUUCGUUGGUGUCAUGGCGAUUUCUCUUUGUUGGGUAUAUUUCUUUAUCCCUGAAGUUUCAGGACGUUCUUUGGAAAGUAUUGAAGAAAUCUUUUCUUUACCUUGGUAUGUUAUUGGAAGACGUGGUGCCGAACUUUGUCCUGAUCAUUCUGAGGUUAAUAGAGUCAGCUACAAUGUUGAAGGUACCGGAAAUGCACAUGGAGGUGAUAUUGAUUAUGAAACCAAGCCUACAGCUGAAUUUGUUGAAAAUGCCAGUAAUGAAGGAUUAAUGAAGUCUGAUUCUCAAAGUCUUGAGAAAUAA